UGAUCACUCUAGACGGGGCCCACUGUUCAAACACCUGAGGCUGAAACACAUGCUACUACUAGCCUCUAGGUAUCCUGGAUUUCCGUAACCGCCUCUUCAGACCAGCCCUGAGGCUGAACCUGAGCAGCUCUGGCAAGCUUCUCAAGAACUUCGCGGCUUGGGUCUUCGCAACAACCAGUUGGGAGCAGAGGCCAGCCGCCAGAGGCGCAGCUCAGCUUCAUGCAGUGGACGUUGGCAGAAGUGUAGCUGGCUGUCGGCUUUUAUUGAAAUCCCUUCUCUUAUUCGUGAGCAAUAAGCAGCUGCAAAUGUGAUAGCAGCCCGUUGCUUCUUUGUUUGGGUCCCCUUGGGAUCUGAUUCGUAUAAGAAGUUGCACGGUCAGGGCAACGGGGCCUGUUCAGAAGUUAAGCGCACAAAGUUGCAGUUUGCUCCUUCAAGUCAGAAGGACAGGCCCAACAUUCUUGCCGCUUCGUCAUCUGUCGCCGGAUCUUAGUCCUUCGAAAAAAAAGCUGUGAUACACGGAGUUUGGCUUCAAAUUAGCCAUGCAUCUGAGACUCUGAGCCUGAAGUCAUCCCCUGACCUCUUACACUAGAAAGCUUGCAAUAUUUGUGGUAAAUUAGCAUUCCCAGCUCAAAAGACAUGAUGGCUUCUGGCUUGGAUUCCGUGUUGGAGCCGAGCACAAGCGGGGCUGGAAUUGUGGCAAUGGACACGGGUCUUUCUCAUCAGAGAUUUCCCUCUUCCAAAAUGAAAAUAGACGAACUCUUCAUUCAGUGGCUGUCGCUACCAGACUCUCAAAAGUUGGUGUUGUCCCUACUGGAGGAUGCAAAAGCCGGCCUUCCUUUGGUUGGCCCAUCCUCGAGCUCUUCCUUCAGUCCUGGAAGCUCCACCCCCCUCUCCCCGUCAUCAGCGCAGGCCCUGUUUGCGGCUUCAACCACACCCCCUCUUUCUCCCAAGAGCUCUGCCGGCUCCCCGCUGUCGCCUAGGUCGCCUAUGCGGAGGGCACCAUUUGGACAUGCAGGCAGCCCUCUGAAGAAAGCGAGCGAGCCCCUACAGGAACGAAUCCCACAGUUCUAUUUCCCGAAAGGUGCCCCCCUGACAGAGAAGCAGCAAGUGGAGUUGCAAGCAGAGAUAGACGGCAUCUGGAUUCCUCAUCCUGAGGGCCUUCCUCUCCAAGCGUUCAUGGAUGUCACCAAGAACGUGUGCCGCCUUCCCUCCUUCUUCAACGGCGUGCUCUUCAAAAAGCUCGAGAAAGAGGGCUCCAACGUGGUCACGAAGCAAGACUUCCUGCACUUCUGGGUGUCGGAGUCGUUGGUUGACGCCGACCAGAACACCCGGCUCUUUGCUGUCCUCAAGCAACCCGGAAAGAACCACCUCACCCAGGACGACUUCAAGCCAGUGCUGCGGGAGCUUCUGGCGAGCCACCCGGGCCUCGAGUUCCUCCACGACACCCCCGAGUUCCAGGAGCGUUAUGCGGAGACAGUCAUCUAUCGAAUCUUCUACACCGUAAACCGCUCGGGGAGCGGGAACAUUACGCUGCGGGAGCUCAAGAGAAGCAACCUGCUGGCGGCCAUGCAGCUCGUGGACGUGGAGGAGGACAUCAACAAGGUCUUGAAAUAUUUCUCGUACGAGCACUUCUACGUCAUUUACUGCAAAUUCUGGGAGCUGGACAGCGACCACGACUUCCUGAUAGAUAAAGAGGACUUGCUACGAUACGGGAACCACGCACUGACGUACCGAAUAGUGGACCGGAUCUUCGCACAGGUCCCCCGGCGCUUCACGAGCGGCGUGCCGGGCAAGAUGAGCUACGAGGACUUUGUGUGGUUCAUCCUGUCGGAGGAGGACAAGACGACGGAGCUGAGCCUGGAGUACUGGUUCAAGUGCGUGGACCUGGACUGCGACGGCCGGAUCACGCCCAACGAGAUGCAGUACUUCUACGAGGAGCAGCUGCACCGCAUGGAGUGCAUGGCGCAGGAGCCCGUGCUCUUUGAGGACAUCGUCUGCCAGAUGGCCGACAUGAUAAACCCAGAGGUGGAGGGCGUGUUGACAUUGAGGGACUUGAAGCACUGCAAGCUGUCCGGAAACUUCUUCAACAUCCUCUUCAACCUCAACAAGUUUGUAGCUUUCGAAACCCGGGACCCCUUCUUGAUCCGACAAGAACGAGAAGACCCGACAUUAACCGAAUGGGAUAGAUUUGCACGGCAGGAGUACAUACGGCUCUCCAUGGAAGACGAGGGGGAGGAAACGUCGAAUGGCAGCGCGGAAGUCUGGGACGAGUCGCUAGAGGCGCCUUUUUGAGAGUGAACAAGAAGUGGCUUUGCGUAAGACCACUGCGCAGGCUUGUUCGGAACCAGCUAGCAACGCUUAUGCCCUACUGCAAUGUUCUUAUGAUUCAACAUGCCGGAUGAGUGAUGGCCGCUAGCAUGCAGCAAGCACUUGAGGCCUUUGCUGUGUUCUGCAGAGAGCUGUGCUGCAUUGUGUGAUGCUGACAUGGAUCGACCGUCACUCUCAAGUCCUUC